AGCACCAAAAUGCAGCUGCCUCUGAGGUGGAUCAUGGCAGGCAGCUCUCUUAACAACCCACAGCAGCAGCACCCAAGAGCUUAGGACAGGCAGUGAAGAAGCCAUGGCCACUUGAAAUCACAGGGGGAGUUUUAGUUCUCUGGAGAUGCCUCAGAAAGAUCCCUGCCAGAAAUUUGCCUGUGAGAUCCAGAAAUGCUUGCAAGCCAACAACUAUUUGGAAUCUAAAUGUGAAGCUGUCAUCCAGGAGAUGAGAAGAUGCUGUGCCCGGUAUCCCAAGGGCCAUUCCACCAGUUGUUCAGGAUUUGAGUUGGAGGAAGAGAGGCAGAAGCAGAAAUCAGCUUCGCAUGGAACUCGUGCCCCACAGCCCUAAGGAAGCAUUCACCUCUGGGUGUGCACAGGCCUCUCCUGAAAACUACAUAGCUGUGCUAUACCUCAUAUGUGCCGCUCGCACUGGAGACCAUGCCCAGAAACGAGACUGUUGGCAUUUCUGCUAUCAAAAUGUGUCACUAGUAUCGCCUUACUGUGGAUCUGAUUUUGGGUAGAAUAAUUUGAUGUUUAAUGUUUGACAUUCUCUAAUCUAUUGUCCAGAGUAGCAAUAUUCCACUGCAAGGUGAAAGCCAAGCAGUCUUUUUAUAGGACAGUUUGCUGCAAAUUCAGUUUAAGACAAUCUGUCAGACACUAUGUGUAAAUAAGUCCAUCAUUCAGCUGCAGAAAGGGUUCUCUCCAUGAAGUCAGCCUGUUCAGGAGGAGUCCUCCCUGCCUUUUGCAGUGUAGAGAUAAUCCACGGGCAAUUAAUGCCUCAGAAUUUGGGGAGGGUGAUCUCUCUCGGCUGGACAAUACACCUUAGUUUACCUGUGUGCCUCAGUUUCCUCAUUUGCAAAACAGAAAGACCACCCACCCUCCAAACUGUAGAUUUAUUAGCACUCUAAUCCAAUUGCACAAUACCAAUAUGAAUGCUGUUAUGAAAAAGCAGCUGAUUUCAGGGAUAGCUAUGGUGGUUGGUGUGUGUGUGUGUGUGGGUGUUUUUUUUUUUUUUAAAGCAAUAGUCACUUUAUGGAAAGCCAGAGAGCUACUGAUGUGAUCUUAAAAUCCCACACACUGCAAUAUGUGAGUGAAGCCUCAUUUCAGUGAAGGGAAUUGGAAUCUGGCUGUAGCACCCCUUUCCCACAGUUGACCCUGCUGUACACACCCCAGGGAGAUUUUGUGCAUUCUUUACUACUCUUGUGUUCAAUCUAGUACCUCUCAGUGUUGGAGUAAGGCCACUGCAAUGUUCUAUGUGCAUUGUAAACAGGUAUCACCAAAGUCAGUGGAAGUUAAUCUGUGUUAAAUCUUUUGAAAUACCAUGCUGCAAGAGAGAAAAAUUAAAAAAUAUGUGAUCUGAAGAAA